UUACAAACAAGUGUUAUGCAUCAGAGAUCCAUGUCCAUGGUUUUGAAACUAUUGGCUGCGGAACUAUAGAACCAUACAACAUCUCCCGACGGAUCAUUUUAUUUGUGGACCGGAUAAAUCAUGGCGUUCAACUUCGGUAACGUUGCAACCAAUCCUGCAAGCACGUCUGGAUUUUCAUUUGGUUCAUUUGGUGCCAAAACUACAGCAUCAAGCACAUUUGGCUUUGGCACCACCACCACAGCUGCCCCCACAGGAUUUGGUACAGGCCUUGCCGCCCCUGGUUUUGGGGCGACCACUACCACCGCAGCGGCGCCCUCAGGGUUCGGCUUUGGCUCCACCGCCACAGGAUUUGGGGGGCUGGGAGCCGGGAACACCGCGGCUGGUGCUUUUGGGGGCUUUGGGACCACCACCACAUCCGCUGCGCCCGGCUCCACUUUCAGCUUUGCAGCUCCUUCAAGUGCCACAGGGGGCCUGUUUGGUAACACCCAGAACAAAGGUUUUGGGUUCUCCUCUGGACUGGGAGCUGGAACCGCCCCAGGGACGACUGGGUUUGGAACCGGGCUUGGAACGACCACUCUGGGUGGAGGGUUCGGCGGCUUCAACAUCCAGCCAACCCAGCAACAGCAAGGCGGCUUGUUUGGCCAGCAGCCCCAACCCCAGCCCCAGCCCACCCAGCUCUACCAGCAGGUCACUGCCCUCUCCGCCCCCACCCUGCUGGGAGACGAGCGCGAUGCCAUCCUGGCCAAGUGGAACCAGCUGCAGGCCUACUGGGGCACAGGCAAGGGCUACUACAGCAACAACGCCCCCCCCGUGGACUUCAACCAGGAGAACCCCUUCUGCAGGUUUAAGGCCGUGGGCUACAGCUGCAUCCCCGGCAGCAAGGACGAGGACGGCCUGGUGGCCCUGGCCCUCAACAAGAAGGAGGCCGACGUGCGGGCGCAGCAGCAGCAGCUGGUGGAGUCGCUCCACAAGGUGCUGGGGGGGAACCCCACGCUCGCCGUCAACGUGGAGGGAGUCAAAGCUCUGCCGGACGACCAGACGGAGGUGAUCAUCUAUGUUGUGGAGCGGUCCCCCAACGGGACGUCCAAACGGAUCCCAGCCACCACGCUGUACGGCUACGUGGAGCAGGCCAACGUCAAGGCCCACCUCACGCAGCUGGGCGUUCUCAUGUCCGUCACACGCACCGAGCUGUCCCCCGCUCAGUUCAAACAGCUGCUGCAGAAUGCCCCUGCAGGUGUGGACCCCAUCAUCUGGGAACAGGCCAAAGAGGACAAUCCUGACCCGGAAAAGUUGAUCCCUGUGCCCAUGGUGGGCUUCAAGGAGCUCCUCCGCAGGCUGAAAAUCCAGGACCAGAUGACCAAGCAGCACCAGACCAGAGUCGAUAUCAUCUCCAACGACAUCAGCGAGCUGCAGAAGAACCAGUCCAUCACCGUGGCCAAGAUCGCCCAGUAUAAGAGGAAGUUGAUGGACCUCUCCCACAGGGUUCUUCAGGUGCUCAUCAAGCAGGAGAUCCAGAGGAAGAGUGGCUAUGCCAUCCAGGUGGAGGAGGAGCACCUGCGCGUGCAGCUGGACACCUGCCAGUCUGAGCUCAACGCUCCCACACAGUUCAAGGGGCGGUUGAACGAGCUCAUGUCCCAGAUCCGGAUGCAGAACCACUUUGGGGCGGUACGCUCUGAGGAACGCUAUAGCGUUGAUGCCGACCUACUCCGUGAGAUCAGACAGCACCUCAAGCAACAACAGGAAGGCCUAGGUCACCUGAUAAGCGUCAUCAAAGACGACAUGGAAGACAUUAAACUGAUAGAACACGGUCUCCAUGACAACGUACACAUAAGGGGGGGCAUGCUCAGCUGACCCCCACUCCCACUCCACAAUAAAGACAUAAAUCACCACUUAUGUAUAUAAGCAUUUUUAUGAUUUUUUGGUAACAUUUUACGUGUUGAAAUGUUUGAGUGGUUUAAACAAGCCCAACGUGGUUAUAAUAAAAUGUCUUUUUAAGUUGAGUACUAUUUUUCUCUAGCACAAAACCACUCCUUUCUUUCAUCUUGCCUCCUCUGGUCUUAGUGGGUUUAUAUGGUUACGUUUAAUUCCCUUUGCCCAUUAUUAUUUUUACAUUUGUCAAGAUUUAAAAUGUUAAAACUCCACAAUACCUUGGUGUUCACCUGAUUAAAUCAGCAAAGCAACCGCAUAUCAUCAUAACCUCCACCAUUUAGACAGUAGGGAAGGCAUUCAAAAGCAUCAUUUACUUUUUUGUAAAGAGGUAGUGUACCAAAAAGUUCUAAUCUGUCUAAAGGAUAUUCUUCCUGAAGGAUUUUGGCAUGUUCAGGUGUGUUAUGGUAAGUUGCAAUCAGGCUUCUUUUUUUUUAUGUCUUGCUCUCAGCAGUGGGAUCCGUCUGAG